AUGGGAUUCCGUUUCGUGUCAGCCAUUGCCGCGGUCGCUCUAUUUGUCCAAGGCGCCAAGGCAGGGCCCAAGGAUAAAAAAGAAGCAGCGAGUUUCCCUCCGCCUCCCCCACCAGUUAAGGAGCUGUUGCCGUUACACAGACAGACGGAAUGUUUCGAGGUUCCUUAUAGUGUUGAGAGGGUGUGCCUCAAGAAGGAGUCUAUCUCGAGGCCCUACAACUGCCCACAGCCAGCCGUUGAGGAAGUGUGCCGCCCGGUUCCGGUUAUGGUUGACGACUUAUGUCAUCGUCUUGUUAAACGAGAGGUGUCAUAUGAUUGCCCGAAGGCUACAACCCAGACCCUGUGCUCCCAUAUCCCAGUGACAGUUGCAAAAACAUGUCGCAGGCAGGUCAAAGAGAAGAUUCCUCACACAUGUUCUAAAGAGAUUACAGUUCCCAGGUGCCAGAUAGAUUCCAAGCUUGUACCGGAUACGUGCUACGACACCCAGUCCUACGUCCAAGAGUACGAGUGCUGGAGUAGUGAGACCAGUACUGUAUGCGAUGUGGAGAUGAAAGAACUAAAAUCCAUCUGCAGUCGCGAGGUGGAAAUUCCAGUGGAGUACGAUUAUGAGGAUACCGUACAGGAAAAGGUGUGCUCUGUAAAGUUGCACACAAAGAAAGGGCAGUGCCGGAAGUCGAUUCUUUCGGAAGAGCAAUACCCAUGUCCCACGUCGAAAUGGGAGAAGAAAUGCGUUGAGACCUUCAAGAUAGCGGACGUUCCUUGCGAGAAGGACAUUCUGGUGGAAGAGACCUAUGACUGCAGUGAGAUGAAGCCUCAUCGCGUGGCAAAGAUGUGCGCGAAGCGAGUUCCUGGAAAGGCCAAGAUAGAGCGGUGCCCCCCACCCAGCAAAAAGCUCCGCAGGCUGGGACCUAGUAAAAAUGGAGGAUGCUAUCUUAUUGAAGUAGACACUGAGGAGAUCCAGCAGGUUCCUUGCGAGGAGGAGGUCAUGGCAAUGGUGCCAAAAGUGUGCACGAGGAAGGUGGCGAAGAAAGCUCCCCAAAUCUGUCAUCAGAAACUACCUGAUACCCAGUGCGUUAUGGAGGAAAUACUGAUCCCGCAGAUGUGUUCUCGGCCAGUAACGAAAGAUGUGGAGGUGCCUUGCGAAUCUCAAGUGGCACAAGAGGUAUGUGAGACAGUUCCACGCAAGGUCAAGAAACAAGGAUACAAGUUCGAUAAAAAGCUGGAGAGUUUUGACUGCGUGAAGCACGACUUCGUGGAGAACUGCUAUGAAGUAAAGAAGCCGAAAAAGUCUGUCUGUGCAGCGACGCUUCUCAAAAGCGUAUCGUUUGAGUGUCCAAGACGGGAGUUUCAAGAAGUCUGCAGCGACUUCCCCGAGAUCAUUGCGGAGCCCUGCCUGCGCGAGGUUGAAAAAGAGGUAGACUAUGCCUGUCCAGAGCAAACAACUGAAGAGAAGUGUCUUCACAUCCCGUCUUACGAGAUGGCGAAAUGCUCAGCAGUUGUUGAACAGGACGAAGAGUAUCCUUGCUCUAGGAAGGAUCUGGCUAUCAAAUGCGAGGCCAUCAAUGUCGACAGGGUUGCAACAUGCUUUGAAACAGAAGUGACCGAGGUGCCCUACACCUGCUACGAAACUGCAUAUAAGAAAGUAUGUGCAGAUAUCCCAGUCACCCAUAUACCGCCGCCUCCUCCCCCGGCUAAAAAAUUGUAA